AUGUGGACUGAAUCCAGUGAAACCGUUGUGGUUUCUAACUCUGUUUCGAUUGUUCAUGUUAACAUGUCCAACGUAACCAAACUCACGGCCACCAACUUCAUCAUGUGGAGCAGGCAAGUCCAUGCUCUCUUUGACGGCUAUGAUCUAGCCGGCUACCUCGACGGAUCGAUUGAAGUCCCGCCUCCCACUAUCACCACCGAUAACGUUGUCUCUGUUAAUCCCCUCUACACGACGUGGAAACGCCAAGACAAGCUUGUCUUCAGUGCCUUACUUGGUGCCAUCAACGUCUCCAUCCAGCCCCUGCUCUCCACUGCCAACACUGCUGCCGAGAUCUGGACUAUCUUGACAUCAACCUACGCCAAGCCAAGCAGGGGUCACCUCAAGCAACUCAGACAACAACUUAAACAGUGGACUAAAGAAUACAAAACCGUGGUGGACCAAAUCGAAGGCCGUGACACAACUCCAUCUCUCACAGAGAUCCAUGAGAAGUUGAUCAACUACGAGGCCAAAUUGCAAACUGCAAUUGUUGCAGCUCCGACCCCAGUCUCUGCUAAUGCAGCUCAGUACCGUGGCUCCAAUAAUCACAAUAACCGUGGUGGACACAACCGCAACAACAACCACCACCGCAACAACAACAACAAUCAGACAUGGCAGCAACAACAGUUUCAGACUCGUCCAGACAGCAACGCUCCGCGUGGCUAUCAAGGACGCUGUCAGAUCUGUGGUGUCUACGGCCAUAGUGCCCGGCGUUGUUCACAGAUUCAACUCCCCAGUGGCGCUUCUGGAGCUCAGCCACGCCCACAGCAACCAUAUUCCGCUCCUUGGCAGCCAAGAGCCAAUAUGGUCCAAGCUCCCUCAUACCCUGCAAGCAAUUGGCUUCUUGAUAGUGGUGCCACACACCACCUGACAACGGACCUCAACAACCUCUCCCUACACCAACCAUAUCACGGUGGAGAAGAGGUCACCAUUGCCGACGGAUCCGCUCUCCACAUCUCGCAUACUGGUUCAUCUAAACUCUUAACUCCUUCUCGUUCCCUAGCCUUAAAAGAUGUCUUAUGUGUCCCUGACCUCAAAAAGAACCUCAUAUCUGUUUACCGAUUGUGUAAUGCUAAUAGUGUCUCUGUGGAAUUCUUUCCGGCUUCUUUUCAGGUGAAGGACCUGAGCACGGGGCCCGAUUGCUCCAAGGCAGGACUAGAGAUGAGCUAUACGAGUGGCCGUCGACCAUUACACCCGAUAUACUUGGCUCUAUCCGCUGCGACAAAAGUCCCAAGUCAAAAAGUCUUCAUCGCCUUCAAAUCCCUCGUCGAGAAUAGGUUCCAGAAGAAAAUCUCCACACUCUAUUCUGAUAAUGGUGGUGAGUUCAUCGCCUUACGCAGCUUCCUGUCCGACCAUGGAAUUUCCCAUCUUACCUCGCCGCCACACACACCAGAACACAACGGAAUCUCGGAGAGAAAACACCGCCAUAUCGUGGAAACUGGUCUCACCCUCCUCAGUCAAUCAAAGAUGCCCAAAAGCUACUGGACAUACGCCUUCUCCACCGCUGUCUAUCUUAUCAAUCGCCUGCCGACGGCCGUUCUCGGUAACGAAACACCAUACCAGAAGCUCUUCCAGCAAACGCCAAACUAUCUUAAGCUAUGUGUGUUUGGAUGUUCCUGCUUCCCGUGGCUGCGCCCUUACACAAAACACAAAUUGGAGGAUCGCUCAAUUCACUGCGUCUUCCUUGGCUAUUCACUUACCCAGAGUGCAUAUCUCUGCCUCGAUCGGAAAUCUGGCCGGAUCUACACCUCUCGACAUGUCACAUUCGAUGAAACGAGCUUUCCCUUUGCCGUCACGGAGAAAUCGACGGACACGACUCCAUCUCCUCCAACACCAACCUAUUGCCCAGCUACCUAUGUUCCCGUUCGUCCGCCGCCACUCGUCAUAGGUCACUCUUCGUCUCCGCCGGUGCCUUCGUCACCCCCGAGCUCCGGUUCUCACCCGACAGAGAAUUCAUCGUCGCCGCGAACCACACCAAACACAGGUAACAUUGGUAAUACAGAUAUGGGCCCGAAUCCUUUACCAAGCCCAUCAUCCGGUUCGCUUCCUCACACAAACCAAAAUAGCCCAUCUCCGAAUGACCAGUUGUCACCUAACCAAAAUAGCCCAACUCCAAAUCCUCCUUCACCACAAAGCCCAAAUGUCACAAGUCCAACUCCUCCAUCUUCACCCGAUACUGAACACUCGGAAUCUCCGCCUGUUUCCUCCUCCGAUUCCGCACCACCACCGCCACCUCCGGUGGAAAAUACUCACCAAAUGACCACUCGCUCCAAAAACAACAUCACCAAACCCCUCACAAAGUUUAGCCUCAACGUUUCCAAAACCAGACCCUAUAUUCCGACCACGGUGAACCAAGCCUUGCGAGAUCCCAAAUGGAGAAAUGCCAUGGGAGACGAAUUCAAUGCCCAAGUUCGGAAUCACACUUUCGAUCUCGUGCCACCACAUCCUCAUCAACAUGUUAUUGACACUAAGUGGAUCUUUACUCUCAAAUAUCUUCCCUCUGGCAUUCUUGACAGGUAUAAGGCGAGAUUUGUCGCACGAGGAUUCAAACAGCAACAAGGUGUAGAUUAUGCAGAAACCUUCAGUCCGGUGGUGAAGUCUGAUACAAUUCGGCUUGUACUGCAGCUUGCGGUGAGUCGUUCUUGGCCAAUCAAACAACUGGAUGUGAAUAAUGCAUUCCUCCAAGGAGCGUUAACCGACGAAGUCUAUGUGGCUCAACCGGCGGGUUUCAUCGAUAAGGAUCGUCCUGAUCAUGUUUGUCGACUCCGCAAGGCUCUCUACGGACUCAAACAAGCGCCACGCGCAUGGUAUCAGGAAUUAAAGAAUUUUCUACUCACCAUUGGCUUCACGAACUCUCUUGCAGAUACCUCAGUGUUCACACGGAUUCAUCAAGGCAAGAUGGUGUACAUCCUUGUCUAUGUGGAUGACAUAAUUGUCACAGGCAGCAACGCUGAUGUAGUACAGCAAGUCAUUACUACUCUCUCCAACAGGUUCUCAUUCAAAGAUCCCACUGACUUAUGCUAUUUUCUGGGAAUUGAAGCCAUUCGUUCUCCGUGA